AGAUGCGCAUCUAAACGCAAAUAAAAGUGACACGAGACCCGAAUAAAACUUAAGACGUCUAUAACUUUUCAAUCGACCUUUUACUUUUGUCGUUAUUUUGGCGGAGUUUUGCAGAGUCGCGGAUACACCUGGACCCCGUACCUGCUGUGGUCCGGGACGCAGAGAUGAGACGCGGGCAGCGUGGUGUCAAGAGGACGUUUGGACAUUAGAGCACACAGUGUGAUAGGGGUAAGACUGCCUCAUGCGCUGGGCCUCCUCUGUGUUCGGGCCCCCUCCUACCCCCCUCCUGCCAACGUAAGUGGGAUGUCCCAGGUGUGUCUGCUGCUGGCCUUGCUCCCACUCUGCAGCUUCACCAAGGUCUCCUCCACAAACUCCCUCAGGCUCGUGCAGGAGCAGUGGAGCAGCUACAAGGACCAAUGUCUCGACUUCAUCAACACAACGCCCCCAGCUACGGGGCUUGUUUGUAACCGCACGUUCGACCAGUACGCCUGCUGGCCCGAUGGGACCCCCGGAUCCACAGUCAAUGUGUCCUGCCCCUGGUUUCUGCCCUGGUACCGUAAGGUCCAGAAAGGCCUGGUGUACAGGAGCUGCAGUGAGGAGGGCCUUUGGUCCAAGAAGAACACAUCCGAAUGUGAGGACGACCCAGCUGAGCAGGAGUAUGGGCGCGUCCUAAACCAAUUAUGGAUCAUGUACACAGUGGGCUACUCUCUCUCCCUGGGUGCGCUGCUGCUGGCACUGGCCAUCCUCAUCGUUUUCAGGAAACUCCACUGCAUGAGAAACAACAUCCACAUGAACCUGUUUGCGUCGUUCAUCCUGAGAGCCAUGUCCAUUUUGGUGAAAGAUGCUCUGCUCACCCUCACACUCGACCCUCGCAAAAGUAGCAGCACUCGGUUGCGCUCCUGGGCCAACAUACCGGCGGUGAUGUGGUGCAGAGGAGCCAUGGUGAUGAUGCAGUACAGUGUCAUGGCCAAUAAUUACUGGCUCUUAGUGGAGGGCAUCUACCUGCACAGUCUGCUCGUCAUCACCGUGUUCAGUGAGAGGAAGUACUUCUACAUCUAUCUGGCCAUUGGCUGGGGUGCACCUCUCAUCUUUGUGUCUCCGUGGAUUACCGUCAAAUACCUUUAUGAGAAUGAGGAGUGCUGGGAGAGAAACACUAAUAUGGGAUAUUGGUGGAUCAUACGCUCUCCAAUUCUCUUUGCAUGUUUGAUAAACUUCUUCAUAUUCAUCAGGAUUAUCAAAAUACUGAUGUCUAAACUUCGAGCGCACCAGAUGAGGUACACGGACUACAAAUUCAGGUUAGCAAAGUCCACCCUGACGCUGAUCCCUCUUUUGGGGAUUCACGCCAUCCUCUUCACAUUUGUCAUAGAUGAGUCGGUCCCCAAAGGCUCCAUGCUGCGCCUCAUUCGCCUCUUCUGUGACCUCCUCUUCAACUCCUUCCAGGGCCUGCUUGUUGCCAUCCUCUACUGCUUUGUCAACAAAGAGGUGCAAUCGGAGAUGCUGAAGAAGUGGAAGCGCUGGAAGUUGGGCAAGGACAUUGACGAGGAAUACCGACACACAUACAGCCAAACGCCACAUGUCAAGAGCGGCAGCAUCGCCACGGGAAACCUGGACCCAAGCUGCGAGUCACCUCAUCUCACCAAAACUGCCCGAGGUGGCCAUUGCCCCAACGCACCUGAGGAGAACCGAAGAUUAGUGGUGUGCUACAGUAACGGGACGGGGAAAAGUCGCUCUCCAAAAAGCAGGCACAUGCUGCAGUUCUCCUUCCUACCACUACGGGGUGCUGCCAGUCGGGCCUGCACAACCAUAGAGGACAUUUGUCUCGAAGAAAGAGUGCAAUGCCGAAUUGGGUCACUAGAAGGAGAGGAGACCAGUGUCUAGAAUGGACUUUUACCUAAAAAAAAAAACAGCAUUAAUGACUUUCAAAACUGCAUGCAAAAGAGCAGUAAACACACUUUCCUACUGCAAAAUAUUAAUUGUGUCGCCUACUUCUGUGAACU